CAUCAGUUCACGUGUUCAACUACUCUAGUUUGUUUAGUCUUCAUGCCAUAAUAUCAGCUUAGACUUUUCAUUUUGCUCUUUCUUAUCAGCAUGCCUGAGUUACCACAUAUCACUUUGCAUUGCACCAAUAAUGCUUGAAAUAUAGUUAACUGUCUCCAAAAAUACAAGUCUGUCAAAGAGAUUACACAAUCAGAAUCUUUUGUGUAUUAGUUCACAGAACUAAUUACUUUAUUUACUUGACCAAUUAUUUUGAUUACGCAUAAGGACGAUUCUUGAUAGCGAAGGCAAUAAGACAACAAAGUAGACAAGGCACUUAAAACUUGAAUAUUCAACUCAGUGACACACAUGGGUGGACCACAUUUGAUGCUGAUCUCUAGCAGUCAACUUGGACUGCUAAAACUCAACUUUUUUUUGUCUUAGGUUUGUAUCUCCCCUAUUAUUCAUGUUCACCGGAAGAGCAAAAUAGAAGUAAAAAAAAAAAAAAAAAAAGGUUCAAAGAAACUAUGGCAGGGGGGUUAGCAGCAGCGGCAUAUGAGGAAGGGCAUUACCAAGGCAAGCUGACAUCUUUUGUAAUAUUAGCUUGUAUGAUGGCUGCUAUGGGAGGUGUAAUUUUUGGAUAUGAUAUUGGAAUUUCAGGUGGAGUGACAUCCAUGGAGCCCUUUCUAAAAAAGUUCUUCCAUGAUGUGUACACAAAGAUGAAAGAAGACAAUGAAGUUAGCAACUACUGCAAAUUUGACAGCCAAUUGUUGACAUCAUUCACAUCCUCCCUCUAUGUGGCUGGUCUCUUUGCUACUUUUGUUGCCUCAUCAGUCACCAGAGCGUUUGGUCGCAAGGUCUCAAUCCUUCUUGGAGGAGCUAACUUCCUAGCUGGUGCAGCCCUUGGUGGAGCUGCUGCUAAUAUCUAUAUGCUUAUACUUGGCAGAGUUUUACUAGGUGUUGGUGUUGGUUUUGCAAAUCAGGCUGUACCAUUGUAUCUGUCAGAAAUGGCACCAUCCAAGUACAGAGGAGGAAUCAACAAUAGCUUUCAACUCAGUGUAGGCAUUGGGGUUUUAAUAGCAAACCUUAUAAAUUAUGGGACUCAAAAGGUCAAAGGUGGUUGGGGAUGGAGAGUCUCACUAGCUAUGGCUGCGGUCCCAGCAUCCAUUUUAACAUUAGGCGCGUUAUCUCUCCCAGAAACACCCAAUAGCUUAAUCCAACGCACAAAUGAUCACGAAAAGGUUAAAAGAAUGCUGCAAAGAGUUAGAGGCACUGAUGAUGUCCAAGCAGAACUUGAUGAUCUUAUCAUAGCUAGUGAAAUUUCAAAAACUAUAAAACACCCUUUUAAGAACAUUCUACAAAGAAAAUACAGGCCUCAACUUGUCAUGUCCAUAGCGAUACCAUUCUUCCAACAAGUCACAGGAAUUAAUGUCAUUGCAUUCUAUGCUCCUAUACUUUUUCGUACGAUUGGACAAGGUGAAAGUGCAGCUCUUUUGUCUGCUGUAGUGACAGGGGCAGUGGGAAUUGUCACAACUGCUAUGUCCAUGCUGAUUGUCGAUAAAGUUGGCCGAAGAGGGCUGUUAAUUUUUGGUGGAAUACAAAUGUUUGUUACACAAAUGAUAGUAGGAGGAUUAAUGGGGGCUAAGCUAGGGGAUCAUGGUGGAUUGAGUAAAGCUUGGGCCUUUGUGAUAUUGGUGUUGAUCUGCAUUUAUGUAGCUGGUUUUGGUUUGUCAUGGGGGCCAUUAGGAUGGUUAAUUCCAAGUGAAAUCUUCCCAUUGGAGAUAAGAUCAGCUGGACAAAGUAUUACAGUAGCAGUGAACUUUCUAUUCACUUUCUUGGUUGGUCAAACAUUUUUAGCCAUGCUGUGCCACUUCAAGUUUGGGAUUUUCUUCUUUUUUGGAGCUUGGGUGGCAAUAAUGACUGCAUUUGUGUACUUGUUUUUGCCAGAGACCAAGAAUUUGCCUAUUGAGAAAAUGGACAGAGUGUGGAGGGAACACUGGUUUUGGAAGAGAAUUGUAGGAGAAAAUAAUGAGGCUAUCAUCAAAGAAGAGGAAGCUUAAAGAUAUGAUCAUGAGUCCAUCAUUGGAAUCAAUUUAAGAGAAAAGUGUUCUCUCUCUCUCUCUUUAUUUGGAAAUUUAUGGUUGUGCUUUUUGGAAACUGUGUAUUGGAUUUGUAAAUAGACAUGUUAUGCAGAAUAGAUACAAUGAACACGUCUUACACAACAAGAAAUGAGGUUUGUAGUAACUCCCGUUAAGGACGGCCAAAAUAUUCUGUCAUUCCAGAAAAGUCUAAUUAAAGUAUGUUGUGGUGACAUAAUAUGUCCAAAGUAUU